AAAUUAUACUAUAAUAAUAUAAUCCGAAGAUGCCACUCUUCGGUAAAAAAGAUUCAAACAAGAAGAUUAAAAAAGAUGGAAAAGAUGAUAAAUCGCCGUCUGUUGAGGACAAAUACAUCCUAAAGGAAUUACUUGGAACAGGUGCUUUUUCUGAAGUACGUUUGGCAGAAAGUAAGGAAAAACCUGGACAAAUGUUUGCUGUAAAAAUCAUUGAUAAAAAAGCAUUAAAAGGAAAAGAAGAUUCUUUAGAAAAUGAAAUUAGAGUUUUACGAAGGUUAACACAUCCUAAUAUUGUUCAGUUAUUGGAAACAUUUGAAGAUAAACAUAAAGUUUAUUUAGUUAUGGAAUUAGUUACUGGUGGAGAAUUAUUUGAUAGAAUUGUUGAAAAAGGUUCCUAUACAGAGAAAGAUGCCUCUGGUUUAAUAAGACAAGUUUUAGAAGCUGUGGAUUAUAUGCAUGACCAAGGUGUAGUACAUAGGGAUCUUAAACCCGAGAAUCUUUUAUAUUAUAAUCCAGAUGAAGAUAGUAAGAUUAUGAUUAGUGAUUUUGGUCUUUCAAAAAUGGAAGAUUCUGGUAUUAUGGCAACUGCUUGUGGUACCCCAGGAUAUGUUGCUCCAGAAGUCUUAGCACAAAAACCAUAUGGAAAAGCUGUGGAUGUAUGGAGUAUAGGAGUCAUUUCUUAUAUUUUAUUAUGCGGCUAUCCGCCAUUUUAUGAUGAAAACGAUGCGAACCUGUUUGCACAAAUUUUAAAAGGUGAAUUUGAAUUUGAUUCACCGUACUGGGACGAUAUCAGUGACUCCGCAAAGGAUUUUAUUCACAAAUUGAUGUGCGUCAAUGUCGAAGAACGUUAUACUUGCAAACAAGCCCUUGCACAUCCUUGGAUAUCCGGCAAUGCAGCUAGCAAUAAAAAUAUCCAUGGCUCCGUAGGAAAGUCUUCCUCUUCUCUCAUGGUUGCAGCAAGCCUAUCACGCAGCCACGGUUAUACGUCAAAUGCAACGGUUGGCGCUCAACAGCGGUCAACAGCAACAGGGCCCAGGAUCAACAGGCCCCUCCAGCGGCAAUCUCAUGCCAUACCCCGAUCAAUCGCAAUCCAACCCCAGUCAUCAAUCCAGAUCAGUGGAGUCUCCAACCAAUCACAAUUGAAGGAAAUACGCGAGUCACCCUUGUCAGUGUCAAGCUUGGUGGCCUCGAAUCCUAUUCCCAUUCCAAUCACUCCAAAUUCACCAUUAUACUUACGCAACAAACGCUUCAAGCUGUGGGGUAGCACACGCACUGCUCUGUCUACUCUAUUUCAAACGAAUAUAUCGUAUCUUAGAAAGCAAAGAAAGUAUAAGAAAAGUUGAGUCAUACUAAGUUUCUUCUAAUGAGAAACUGUCGGACGACUAGUUAUUUUCUUGCCGAAUAUUAUUCUAAUUCUGGUAAGAAUUUGUAUAGAUUCCAGCUAACUUGCUUUAUUGUGGUCUCCUGUGAUAUGGUUGCCACCGAUUAUAUAUAUAUUACAAAAGUACACAUGAAUGCUCAUAUACAUAAUUCCUUUCUCUCUCUCUCUUUCUCCUCCCCCUUCCUCCCUCCAUCAUACAGCCCGCGCGAUAUAAGGCGAUUUUUUAAAUUUUCUCGUUUUAUCGCGCUUCUUAAUUUUACAAGCUUUAUUUCAAAAUUCUAAAUAGACCUAUCUAUGUUGAUAUGUAUUCACAGUAAAAUUAAAUCCUAUAGUUAAUAGAGAUUUUAAACAAUGAUGAAAUAUAAAUAUUGAUCAAGCAAAAAUAUAGUUAAUAUCUUUAGAUAAACUUAAUGCUAAUUGUGAAAUUUUGUGACACAAGGAAAAUUUUGCUCGAUCAAAUCUAUUAAAUAUAUAUAUAAAAGAAAAAAAAAAAAGAAGAAACAAUGUGAACAGUACAACGACAUGUUUUUAUCUUUUAUAAAAUUUGAUGUAAUGAAUAGUAGUUGUUUAGAUGAUUCUUUGCGAUGUAAACAUUUUACUAUAUUCUAGUUAAAUAUGUUUUAAAUUUCACAAACCAAUAUGCAGUUUUUUGCCCGGUACUUUUUCGAUAAAUGGUACGAUCGAAUAUAAUAUAUAUAUUAUUUAAAGUAGUUUUUCAAAAAACAUAAUACAAAAAAACAAACUAAAUAAGCUUUUUAUAAAAUAGAUUACAAGAAGAAAAAAAUUCUUGCCAUAAAAUCAUGUUGUGUAAGAUCUGUGUAAGAUCUGUGUAAAGUUUGAUUUUAUCGAUAUUUGUUUUUAUGUUUUUUUAUAAUUAAAAUUUAUUUUAUUUUACGAUAAAGAAAAUU